GAGGGGACAGAAUGAGGAAGCAAAUUGUCUAGGAUCACGGAUUUGGAAGACUGCAAGACUAUAGGUGACCUUCACCAAAUGUUACAUUGUGUCAGUGCCAGCCUUCCGAGGAAGCCUUGCCGCCAGAGCAGGGAAAGAGAAGUUCAACAGAAGAUUCCAGACCAAAAUUGAAAAAAUGGUCGAGCUCACGCAGCUAAUGGACAAUGAAGUAUUCAUGGCCUUUGCCUCCUACACAACGAUUGUUCUUUCAAAAAUGAUGUUUAUGAGCACUGCAACUGCAUUCUAUAGAUUGACAAGAAAGGUUUUUGCCAACCCAGAAGACUGCGCAGGCUUUGGCAAAGGAGAGAAUGCCAAGAAGUAUCUUCGGACAGAUGACAGAGUGGAACGUGUACGAAGAGCCCACUUGAAUGACCUCGAAAAUAUUGUGCCAUUUCUUGGUAUUGGCCUUCUGUAUUCCUUGAGUGGUCCAGAUCUCUCUACUGCCAUCCUGCACUUCAGACUCUUUGUUGGAGCACGAAUCUACCACACAAUUGCAUAUUUGAUACCCCUUCCCCAGCCAAAUCGCGCUUUGGCUUUUUUCCUUGGAUAUGGAGUUACACUGUCAAUGGCUUACAGAUUGCUGAGAAGUAGGUUGUACCUGUAAAGAGAAUCAUACAACUCAUCAUCCAGUGAUUUUCUAACAAUUCUGUACUUCCAAUUUAUAACAAAUACUUUUUAAGGUUUUAAGUGGGAAAGGAGCAGAGAAAUUAAGAUAGGGAAAACCUAGUCUGAAUAUUAAUGUCACCAAUAUCCUUUAUUCUUUUUUAAUAUUUGCACUAGAAAUUUAACAUAAUUUUUAGCUCUUUUGUCUUAUUCUUAAAGUACUUUGUUUUAAAUUUUGAUUGUAAUUUGUAACAUUAUUCAACAUUUCAUAUUUUAAAUCUUUAGAAAGAGUAAGUACAUGUAUUUUAAACUUGUAUUUCAGUAUUGCUGAAAUUGGCAUAUGAAAUAAAGAAUUUAAGGAAUGAUUUCAUUUGGUUUAAUUUUUCCCAACGUAUUUUCAAAAGUUUCAAACAUACAGAAAAGCAGAAAAGUAGUACAAUGAACUUCUAUAUGUCUUUCACCUAGAUUUACCAGUUGUAAACAUUUCCCCAUAUUUGCUUUAGCUCUAUCACUCAAUGUUUUUUCUGAACAGUUUGAAAGUAAGCUGCAGAUACUGUAUCAUGCAUUUAAAAUACUUCACUCCUAAAUACUUCAACAUGUAUCUCCUGUGUACAAAGCAGUCUCCAAAUAACCAUACCAUUCCCACACCAAAGAAAUUUAACUCUAAUACAAUAUUUAUUUAACAUACACAGUUCAUAUUUAAAUUCCCCAAUUUUUCCAAUAAUGUCUUUUAUAACUGCUUUAUUUUUGAUCCAGGAAUCAAACAAGGAUGUCACACUGCCUUUUGUUAUCAUUUCUAUUUAGUUUUCAAUAAAAUGGAUGAGUUCUUUCAUUUUUUUUCAUCUUU